GGUCAAAGCAAUGCAAAGAUGCGCGCGCACACAAUGAAGUAUUAGACCAGAUGCACAUCAUAAUGCAACUAAAGCUGAAUCCCGGCCGGACGCUUUUUUAAGGUCCGAAAAAGAGGACAUGUCCGGGAAAAAGAGGACGCAUUCUGAAAACGUAUCUGAAGAACGGUGCUUUUUUCUGCCUCUCUGGCCCCUCCUGGCUCUGCUGAGAGAUGUCCACUCCUGACCCACCCAUGGGGGGGACCCCUCGCCCCGGCCCUUCCCCAGGCCCUGGGUUGUCACCAGGGGCCAUGUUGGGGCCUAGUCCUGGACCCUCACCUGGCUCUGCCCAUGGCAUGAUGGGCCCCAGCCCCGGGCCCCCCUCAUCAGGACAUCCACUACCUCCUCAGGGGCCCUCAGGCUACCCCAAGGACAACAUGCAUCAGAUGCACAAGCCAAUGGAAGGCAUGCAUGAGAAAGGCAUGCCUGAUGAUCAACGUUACAAUCAAAUGAAGGGCAUGGGCAUGAGACAGGGUGGGCAUAGUGGCAUGGGUCCACCACCAAGCCCUAUGGACCAACACUCUCAAGGUUACCCAUCACCUCUGGGCAGUUCUGAGCACGCCCCCAGCCCGGUACCUGCUAACGGGCCUCCAUCUGGCCCCAUGAUGCCUUCUGGCCCUGGUGCAGUACCUAUGGAGGGUGGAGACCCACAGGUCAUGGGGCAGCAGAACCGAAGUGGAAGUGCCGGUGGCUUACCAGGUGCAGGACCCAGCGGAGGGCCUCCAAAUGCAGGUGGACCUGGUGGUGCCGGGGGACCCACACCUUUCAACCAGAACCAGCUACACCAGCUGCGGGCACAGAUCAUGGCAUAUAAGAUGCUGGCACGUGGACAGCCCCUGCCUGACCACCUGCAGAUGGCAGUACAGGGAAAGAGGCCGAUGCCAGGCAUGCAGCAGGGGAUGCCCAAUAUGCCCCCUGCUUCAGGUCAAGGAGUAGGCCCUCCUGGACCAGGGGGCCCUGGACCUGUGGGACCCAACUACAAUAGACCACAUGGAAUGGUUGGACCAAACAUGCCUCCUCCGGGACCCUCUGGGGUUCCUCCAGGCAUGCAGGGACAACCCUCUAAUGGACCACCAAAACCAUGGCCUGAAGGGCCCAUGGUGAACGCUGCUGCCCCUGCCAGUGCCCCGCAGAAGAUGAUACCUCCCCAGCCCACUGGCCGCCCCUCUCCAGCGCCUCCCUCCGUUCCUCCCGCUGCCUCGCCCGUCAUGCCACCUCAGACCCAGUCUCCAGGACAACCCGCCCAGCCGCCACCCAUGGUGCUCCAUCAGAAACAGAACCGCAUCACGCCCAUUCAGAAACCCCGGGGCCUUGACCCAGUGGAAAUCCUUCAGGAAAGAGAGUACAGGUUACAGGCUCGUAUUGCCCAUCGUAUUCAGGAACUGGAGAACCUUCCAGGUUCUCUAGCUGGAGACUUGAGGACCAAAGCCAACAUUGAGCUCAAGGCUCUUAGGCUGCUUAACUUUCAGAGACAGCUCCGUCAGGAAGUAGUGGUGUGUAUGCGCCGUGACACUGCCUUGGAGACGGCGCUGAAUGGCAAGGCCUAUAAGCGCAGCAAGAGACAGUCACUGCGUGAAGCUCGUAUCACAGAGAAACUCGAGAAACAGCAGAAGAUCGAGCAGGAACGCAAGCGCCGACAGAAACACCAGGAGUAUCUAAACAGCAUCCUGCAGCAUGCUAAGGACUUCAAGGAAUACCAUCGCACCAUCACCGGAAAGAUGCAGAAAUUGACCAAAGCCGUAGCCACAUACCAUGCCAACACUGAGAGAGAGCAGAAGAAAGAGAAUGAGCGUAUCGAAAAGGAGAGAAUGAGAAGGCUGAUGGCUGAGGAUGAGGAGGGUUACAGGAAGCUGAUUGAUCAGAAGAAAGACAAACGUCUGGCAUACUUACUGCAGCAGACAGACGAGUAUGUGGCCAACCUCACCGAGCUCGUCAGAGCCCACAAAGCUGUCCAGGCCCUCAAAGACAAGAAGAAGAAGAAGAAAAAGAAGAAGAAGACAGAGAAUGCAGAGGGCGGAGCACCUGCUCUGGGUCCAGAUGGAGAGCCGCUGGAUGAGACCAGUCAGAUGAGUGAUCUACCUGUGAAGGUGAUUCAUGUGGACAGUGGGAAGAUCCUCACUGGCAUGGAUGCUCCUAAAGCUGGACAACUGGAUACUUGGCUGGAGAUGAAUCCAGGGUACGAAGUUGCCCCCCGGUCAGAUAGUGAAGAUAGUGGCUCAGAGGAGGACGAGGAUGAUGAAGAGGAGCAGCAUCAGCCCAGUCAGUCUUCAACAGAGGAGAAGAAAAAGUUUCCAGAUCCAGACAACGAGGAUGUGUCUGAGGUGGAUGCCCGGCACAUCAUUGAGCAUGCCAAACAGGAUGUUGAUGAUGAAUAUGGCAGUGCAGCAUUUGCUCGUGGACUGCAGUCAUACUACGCUGUGGCGCACGCAGUCACUGAGAAAGUGGAUAGACAGUCGACUCUGCUAGUGAACGGACAGCUCAAGCAAUACCAGAUCAAAGGUCUGGAGUGGCUGGUGUCUUUGUAUAACAAUAACUUAAAUGGAAUUCUAGCUGAUGAAAUGGGUUUGGGAAAAACCAUCCAGACUAUCGCACUCAUCACCUACCUCAUGGAGUACAAACGACUGAAUGGACCCUUCCUCAUUAUCGUUCCGCUCUCGACUCUGUCGAACUGGGUGUAUGAGUUUGAUAAGUGGGCUCCAUCUGUGGUGAAAGUUGCUUACAAGGGGUCUCCUGCCGCUCGCCGCGCGUUCAUUCCCAUUUUGCGCAGCGGCAAGUUCAACGUGCUGCUCACCACUUACGAAUACAUCAUCAAAGACAAACAAGUGCUGGCCAAGCUCCGCUGGAAGUACAUGAUAGUGGACGAAGGGCAUCGUAUGAAGAAUCACCACUGUAAGUUGACUCAGGUGUUGAACACACACUACCUUGCACCCCGGCGUCUGCUGCUCACUGGCACACCGCUGCAGAACAAGCUGCCAGAGCUGUGGGCUCUGCUCAACUUCCUGCUGCCCACCAUCUUCAAGAGCUGCAGCACCUUUGAGCAGUGGUUCAAUGCUCCGUUCGCCAUGACUGGAGAGAAGGUGGACCUGAACGAGGAAGAGACCAUUCUGAUCAUUCGUCGUCUGCACAAAGUGCUCCGUCCCUUCCUGCUCAGAAGACUCAAGAAGGAAGUGGAGGCCCAACUGCCAGAGAAGGUGGAAUACGUGAUCAAGUGUGACAUGUCCGCACUACAGAGAGUUCUGUACAGACACAUGCAGGCUAAAGGAGUGCUGCUCACUGACGGAUCUGAGAAAGACAAGAAGGGUAAGGGAGGCACUAAGACUCUAAUGAACACUAUUAUGCAGUUGAGGAAGAUUUGUAACCACCCUUACAUGUUUCAACACAUUGAGGAAUCUUUCUCUGAGCACUUGGGCUUCACUGGAGGCAUUGUUCAGGGACCUGAUUUGUACCGCGCCUCUGGUAAGUUUGAGCUGCUGGAUCGUAUUCUGCCGAAGCUUCGCGCCACCAACCACAAAGUGCUGCUGUUCUGUCAGAUGACGUCUCUCAUGACCAUCAUGGAGGACUACUUCGCCCACCGUAACUUCAAAUACCUGCGCUUGGACGGAACCACUAAGGCUGAAGAUCGUGGUAUGUUGCUGAAGAACUUCAAUGACCCAUCGUUUCAGUACUUCAUCUUCCUGUUGAGUACCAGAGCUGGAGGUCUGGGGCUGAACCUGCAGUCUGCAGACACUGUUAUCAUCUUUGACAGUGACUGGAACCCUCACCAGGAUCUGCAGGCCCAGGAUCGUGCUCAUCGUAUCGGGCAGCAGAACGAGGUGCGUGUACUGCGUCUGUGUACUGUGAACAGUGUAGAAGAGAAGAUACUGGCCGCUGCUAAAUACAAGCUGAACGUGGACCAGAAGGUCAUCCAGGCCGGUAUGUUCGACCAGAAAUCCUCCGGCCACGAGCGCAGAGCUUUACUGCAAGCCAUCCUGGAGCACGAAGAGCAGGAUGAGGAGGAAGAUGAGGUACCUGAUGAUGAGACGGUUAACCAGAUGAUUGCCAGAAGCGAGGAAGAGUUUGAUCAAUUUAUGCGCAUGGAUCUUGACCGCCGCCGCGAAGAGGCUCGUAACCCGAAGCGCAGACCCCGUCUGAUGGAGGAAGAUGAGCUGCCUACCUGGAUCAUGAAGGAUGACGCAGAGGUGGAAAGACUCACCUGUGAGGAAGAGGAGGAGAAGAUGUUCGGCCGCGGCUCCCGUCAGAGGAAGGAGGUGGACUAUAGUGACUCGCUCACGGAGAAACAGUGGCUCAAGGUCAGUGACGUUCAUAUAAAAUCCCCAUUGCAGUGCAUUGGCAAUUACAUAAUGGCAAGUGUCUUUACGUACUUUACUCUCUUGCAGGCCAUCGAGGAAGGCACUCUCGACGAAAUUGAAGAGGAGGUGCGCCACAAGAAGACGACCCGGAAGAGGAAGCGGGACCGUGAUCUUGACCUUCCAGGUCCGGCCACGCCCAGCUCCAGUGGGCGGAGCAGAGAUAAAGACGACGACAGUAAGAAGCAGAAGAAACGUGGCCGCCCUCCUGCCGAAAAACUCUCCCCCAACCCUCCCACGCUUACCAAGAAGAUGAAGAAGAUUGUGGAUGCUGUCAUCAAGUACAAGGACGGCAAUGGAAGACAGCUCAGUGAGGUGUUUAUUCAACUGCCUUCUCGUAAAGAGCUACCAGAAUAUUAUGAACUGAUUCGCAAACCUGUGGACUUCAGGAAGAUCAAGGAGCGCAUCAAGAGUCAUAAGUACCGCAGUCUAAAUGACAUGGAGAAGGACGUCAUGCUGCUCUGCUCGAACGCUCAGACCUUUAACUUGGAAGGAUCACUGAUCUAUGAAGACUCCAUCGUGCUGCAGUCCGUGUUCACCAGCGUGCGGCAGAAGAUCGAGAAAGAGGAAGACAGCGAGGGAGAGGAAAGUGAGGAGGAGGAAGAAGAGGCAGAUGAAGGAUCAGAGUCCGAAUCUCGUUCAGUGAAGGUAAAGAUCAAGUUGAGUCGCAAGGAAAAAGUGGAGAGAGGGAAGGGCAGACGGCGAACCGGACGGAGCUCACGCCCCAAACCUGUCGUUAGUGACGACGACACCGAAGAGGAACAGGAGGAGGAGCGUUCAGGUAGUGGCAGCGAUGAAGAUUAAAGCUCCUACAGGACCAAUCACUCACUGAUGCUGCAGAUACGUGGUGUCGCAUCAGACUCAACGAGCCUAGUUUUACUCUAGAUGAGCUUUUAGAGAGAGGAAAUGUAUACAAAAUGAUUAAAUGAGAAUUACAGUAUAAAACAUAAAAAAUGAGAAAUCUUCCAUUCGCAUAUUUAAGCAGGUGAUCUCCAUUUAUGUAUAGUAAGACAGUUGAGCGUUGUUUGUUUUUCCAUAAAUGUUUUUAUUAUUUCUCUCAAGAAAGUGACAUAAGAUGGACCGAUAUCUGACCAACUGGCUGACAGUGGACCAGUAAGAGUGGACAAUGUUUAAAUGUCCUCUUAUUGUUUUUAACAGUUUGAAAGUCACCCCACCCCAGAACCCAGGAUGCAUGUUUUCCACAAACAACGCAGCAAGUUUGUUCUCUUUCCGUUUUCUAUUGCUCUUUCUGUUUAAAUUAAGAUAUCAAGUGGGAUUAAGGUACUUCCUCCUCAUAGAUGUCCUGUCAGGAGAAAUGGGGGAGAAUAGGGUGUAGGAUUCUGUACUGUGUCAAUGUCACUGGAUUUCCAAAAUGCACAAUAAAGGCCUUUCAGAAAUAUU